CACAGGCGGCAGAGUGACACAGGGUCAGCCUAGGAGAAGGGUGUACCGUAGGGUGUGUUCUCUGAGGAGACUUCGAGCAGAGAGAGAGAGAGAGAGCGAGAGAGAGAGAGCUGUCUGACCAGUCGAGCAGCCCUGGCUGUAACCCGGAAAUCCCCCUCAUGAGGGAAAAUUUGGUCUGGACUUCGCUUGAGUUUGUUACCAUGGUAUUGCAUGCGGUUUGUGCGCGCGCGCUGGAGCUUUGACAGGCAAUGCAUUGCGAGCGCUGGGGCUCGGGAUUCCUGCAUCUGCGCACAACACACACGCGCGCGCACACACAGGAAGGAGCAGAGAGUGGAGCCGCUGGUCAGGGUUUGAGGAUUGAGGACUGAGGAUUGAGGAUUGAGGACUGGGGAUUGAGGAUUGAGGACUGGGGAUUGAGGACUGGGGAUUGAGGACUGGGGAUUGAGGACUGAGGAUUGAGGACUGAGGAUUGAGGACUGGGGAUUGAGGACUGAGGACUGGGGACUGAGGUUGUGAGAAAAUAACAUACAGGAAAAUCUUUCUGGAAAUAUUUCACUAAUCACGGUCGUCACUUGUUCCCAUCACACAACCUCCUGAGGACGCCUCGCACCAUGCCACACUAAAGCACGGUCAGCGAGCAUAAAUAAUGACUGACCGUGAGUUAAAAGUGCGAUUUAUUGUUUGAUUGACAACGGAUACAAAGGAAUUAUAACAUCCAGAGCGACUCGUUGCACAGGAAAUACUUUACGAUUUGGGAUGCGGCUCAUGACAACGACAGCAGAAAGUUUUAAAGAGAAACAAAGUCCUUCGUUUUGUUUCGCAUGAAAGCGCUAAACAUUUUUUACUUCUGUUCGACUUCGUGAUGCUUUGGCAUCGAAUGGAUGAUGAAUUUAAUCUUCUGGAACAUAACGAUCAUAAGCAAAGUAUCGGCUACCCACGAACAUCAUGCAGACGCAGGACUAGGGCGCAUUUCGUUCUGAGAACAGUGGACUGAAGGUCACGUGUGUGCCAUGGCUCAGUUCAGGCUGCAAAACGUGGAGGACUUCUAUGAGAUCGGAGACGUACUGGGCAGUGGACACUUUGGGCAGGUGCGCGAGCUGAGAGAGCGACUCAGCGGCACCUGCUGGGCGGGGAAGUUCGUGAAGCUCCGUCGGAGCGUGAGCAGCCGUCUGGGCAUAGAAAGGAAGAGCGUGGAGUGCGAAGUGGAGAUCCUGCAGAGUCUUCAGCACGUCAACAUCAUGGCCUUGCACGACGUCUUCGAAAGCCGGGCCGAGAUCGUCCUCGUCGUGGAGCUCAUGAAUGGAGGGGAGCUUUUCGACUUCAUCGCCGCGAAGGAGAACGUGACUGAGAACGAGGCCAUCGAGUUCCUGAAGCAGAUUCUGAAAGGCGUUGGUUUUAUGCACAACAAACAAAUCGGCCACUUUGAUCUGAAGCCUGAGAACAUCAUGCUGUCAGAUAAGAACGCGGAGCAUCCCGAGAUUAAGAUCAUCGAUUUCGGACUCGCCCACCGCUUCGUCCCAGGAGAGGAGUAUAAGAGUCUGUGUGGCACUCCUCAGUACUUAGCUCCUGAGGUGAUAAACUACGAGCCACUGAGCAUAGCCACCGACAUGUGGAGCACUGGCGUUAUUACCUACAUCCUGUUAAGUGGUAUAUCACCUUUCCAAGGAGACACGGAUGAGGAGACACUAAAGAACAUUCUGGAUAUGAAGUACGACUUUGACGAGCAGUACUUUAGCCAAACAAGUGACAUCGCAAAAGAUUUUAUUGAGAAGCUGUUCGUGAAAGAUCAGAGUGAGAGAAUGACGGCUGAGGAAUGUUUACUGCACCCCUGGAUAAAGCCCCUGACACGUAAGCAGGCAGCCAACAGGAGUCGCUCAUCCAUCAACAUGAAGAAUUUCAAGAAGUUCAAUGCCAGGAGAAAGUGGAAGAUGUCCUAUAACAUGGUGUGGGCGUGUAACAGACUGAGUCGUCUGCAGCUGCUCUGCAAGGCAGCCAAAGAGGACGAGGAGCUGAGAAGUUGCGAGAGCGACCAGGAAGACACGCAGACGAAGCCGGCCUCGCUCAUCCGCCGCAGACUGAGCAGCAGCUCCUGAACCUCACUCACCUCCACCUUCUCCUCCAGCGUCUCUCAGAUGAAACGUGUCACAGGCUCACACAGGAACCCGGAGCUCUCCAGUCGUGCGCUCUUUAUUUAUUUCAGAGUUCACUUUGUGCAUUGUUUGACCUUUAUUAUUCUCCAGCUGUGUUUUGUAUGAGCGUUACAGUGCGUAUGGCAGCCAUAUAUCAUGACACGGUUAUUUCUGAAAACGUUUUAUUUUAUUUUGUGCACACAUUGAUGUGUGAGGGUUUCAACACGCACAACACUGUACGGUAAGUACCCUCCUGGAGGGAUUAAUAUAAACCAGUGUCAUACAGGACGAGCCAGAUAAAGUCUGUUUUGAAGUGUCUUUGGUUUACAUUUACGUUUAAUGUUUGGGUUGUGUGUGUGUGUGUGUGUUUUACAUAUUUUAAAGGUCAUAGGCAAGGGUCGGAGGUGAAAUGUAGAAUAUCAACUUUAUUGUCUAGAAGAACGACCCAAAAAGCGAAUUCAAGCUUCCUAGUGUCUAGUUUGCACCCUAAAAUUAAAUAAAACGGUUAAAAUAUACUGUUUUGCCCAAUUUCCGAAGGGUUGUUUACAUCUCACUUAUGCGCACUUUCACUGCCAGGGGACCGUCGUCAUGAUGUCAUUUAAGCCAAACAGACUGGGAGCAGCUCUGUGUUUACUUGCGAACCGAGCACACGUGUACGGACUUUGGUUGUGAGAGGUUGUGUAAAAUGUCUGAAAGCGAUAGCGAUUUUGAAGCAGGAACUCUCCAAAUUGAAUAUCGAGAGGUGAAACCAUAUAUGUAUGAACCUAUGGCCGUUCCAAAGCAAUCGGUGAAUGUGGCUCACUGGUUUGACCAUACGGCCUCGGAAUCGGACGGCGAUUCAGCCGACUCUGAUCGCGGUGACGCCGGACCUCAACAAGACUCGCGCCCAAACGAUUUAUCCUGGUAGUUAUGAUAAAUUCCUACUUUCGUCGUAAUACUAAAUAAAAGCCCUUUUAAAGAAUAAUUAAACCGCCCUCCCUAGUGGAUAUAGGGAACGAUUACUGGACAGCGCGCCGGUAGGCCACAUUAGCCUGCCAUCCGCGGCAUUAUACUAUUUAUAGCCGACUCUAAGCGAGGAAAUAUCCCUUUGUCUCAUUUCCACAAUGAUUGUACAGGAUCCCUCAGGAUUCUUGACUUGUCAAUUGCAAGCAAAAGUAAAAAUGUUUCCCUCCAAUCUUCUCCUUUUUGCUUGAGCGUUGCUGCUCCGUUUCUUCUUUGACUGCUUGAUUUUGUUUCACACGCACAAGCCACUCUCUCCGCCUCGUCUCCUCUUUCGGAAAAAGCCAACCCACUCGCUCCGCCUCUUCUCCUUUUUUUGAAAAAGCCAAUCCACACUCUCUGCCUCUUCUCCUCUCUCGGUAAAAGGUAAAAACUUCUUCCUGAACCGGUCCCGUUGUUACUGUUCACUGCACAACAAUAAGGCAUGGGGGUUUUCUUUGGAAAUUCCCGAACGCACGUCUGCACUCAAGCCGAACGGCAAUGCAAGUAAACGGAAGCGGACUCAACUCAAGCAGUUUGUUUGUCUUAAAUGACGUCACACGCCGAGUGGUCACGAAAAUAGCCAUACAGAAAUUUGCCACGAUCCGCGCUAACUUAUUUUAAUUAUUACUUAUUAACAAUACUUCUUGGGACCAGAAGAAAAUGACAGAAGGUUUUUUAACAUAUAAAGUUUCAAAUGUGCAUAAAAUUAAAACCGUUGCCUAUGAGCUUUAAAGGAAAACUAUUCCUUCAAGGAGAUAAGCUGUUAAACACAAACUGUCGCUGUGCCGUGGUUCAAGCCAUGUAGGUUUAAGAUUACUUUCGGUCCAGUCAGAGAGAAUGUGAGCUGAAAAGACAGACAGCCAUCUUUUGCAUGUUUUGGUUGUCUUAGCUACUGCCAUACCAGGAAGCUUGGUGUGUUUUUGUGAAAAUACAGAAUGACUAAUUAUCAGUUCUUAAUCACAUCUGAAAAACAAGAAGGACAAAAUAAGCACAGCUGCCUUGGAGCUUAGAGCAUCGAUUAUUACAUUAUUAGAUUAUAUUUGAGCCAAGUUACAGUUGUGUAACAGCUAAGAAAUAUUUAUUUUAUAUCGUAUAAAACAUUUGUGGUUUAUUAUUAUUGUUAUUAUUAUUAUUAUUAUUAUUAUUUAAUUCUCCUAAAUAUUCUUAAAGGCACAGCUGUCUGUCGUGUACCCAGUAAAUUAACUGUAUGUUUUUCUUCUACAACCCCGAUUCCAAAAAAGUUGGGACAAAGUACAAAUUGUAAGUAAAAAUGGAAUGCAAUAACUUACAAAUCUCAAAAACUGAUAUUGUAUCCACAAUAGAACAUAGACAACAUAUCAAAUGUCAAAAGUGAGACAUUUUGAAAUUUCGUGCCAAAUAUUGGCUCAUUUGAAAUUUCAUGACAGCAACACAUCUCAAAAAAGUUGGGACAGGGGCAAUAAGAGGCUGGAAAAGUUAA